AUGCGAAAGUUGGAAUGGGACGACAUGGGAGUGAAGGUUGAUGGUCGGCAGCUACACCAUUUGCGCUUUGCUGAUGAUAUCGUACUGAUAACACCUAGGAUCAGCCAAGGGGGGCGAAUGCUGACCGAAUUCGACGAAACAUGUGGACGCAUCGGUCUUCAGCUGAAUCUACAAAGGACGAUGUUCAUGCGGAACGGCUGGGUCUCGGAUGCCCCAUUCACGCUCAACGGAACGAACAUAUCCGAAUGCACCAGCUACGUUUAUCUGGGUCGGGAACUGAACAUGAUGAAUGACCUGACCCCCGAGCUGGGCAGGAGCAGACGAGCGGCUUGGGGAGCGUACAAGAGCAUCGAGGAUGUAGUGAAGAAGACCAGGAAUACCCCGCUCCGUGCUCACCUCUUCAACACCACUGUACUUCCUGCUUUGACCUAUGCUUCGGAAACCUGGGCAUUUCGCAAGCAGGAAGAAAACGCGGUGAGCGUCAUUGAACCCGCAAUUGAGAGAGUGAUGCUAGGAGUAUCCCGUUUCACACAAGUGAGGGACGGGAUUCGAAGUUCUCUCCUACGUCAGCGAUCGAAGAUUAGAGACGCCGCCACGUUUGCCAAGGAAAGUAAAAUAAGAUCAUACCUCCUAGAAGAUGCUGCGAAACAUAUUCUAAAGAAGAGAAAACGGAACAUCCCGACUUUAUUGAAAAACGAUGCCAAAAAUGUGGCAAGCAAAUUACCAGAAAUCGUGCUUGCUUCAAAAAACGUCCAAAUUUUUGACGCAGAAGAGUUUACUGCUCGUGACGCAACUGAUAGUCCAUCGAAGGCUCCACUGAAGCAAGUUUUCAAUAAGAGACAAUCAUUGAUUAAACAAGAAGGAAAUCCGCUGAGAAGCGCACACAGUGCUCACACAGCUUCCAAACUGAAACAACCAAAAUCAGUAUCUAGGUCCAAAGUACUUGUAAGAGAUCUUAGGAUGCAGGAUAGCAAACAGAAAAGUCAGAGACCGAAGUCAAGAAGCACAAUAUCCUCAUCUUCAUCAUCUUCAGUGAAUAAACAUAGGAGACGUUCUAGCAGAGCGCGACGAAGGAGAAGACGAAGGAAGGAAGAAUCAAGCUCAUCUGAUUCUAGCAGCUAA